AUUAAAUAAUCACACUUGAAAUUUGUUUUAAGUGGUAAAUAAAAUACUUGAAACACUUCCUAUAAAGCCCAACGUGAAAAAUAUUUUUUUAUUCUCCGAGUGCUUAUUUUGAAACAGAUGAAGCUUGUAUUGUCCAUCGUUUUGGUGGCAGGCCUUGUCACAGUACAGGCCGGCGAAUACACCCAAAGAUUCCUGGAGUUGUACGGUGAAAUUACAAAUUCAAAUAAUGGAUAUUACUCGAAAGAAGGAAUCCCUUACCAUAGUGUGGAGACGAUGAUGGUGGAGAGUGUGGAUUAUGGACACGAAACUGACUCCGAAGCUCUAAGUUACAACAUUUGGUUGAAAGCCAUGUACGGGGGAAUUUCUGGAGAUUUUUCUGCUUUUAACGAGGCCUGGAACGUGAUUGAGAAUUAUAUGAUUCCAGAAACCCAAUAUAAUACCGAUAAGUAUGAUCCUUCUGCUGCUGCGAGUACAUCCACUAUAACCGCUGGUAUAGAUCCCAUUGGUAACGAACUGAAAUCUUCUUAUGGGGAUAAUAAUCUUCGUGUGAUGCAUUGGUUGCUGGAUGUAGAUAAUAUUUAUGGUUUUGGAAAUACCCAGGGUAAUUGUGAACUAGGACCUUCAGCAAACGGACCCUCUUUCGUAAAUAACGGUGCUGGCUCUUUAUUCCAAGGCAUAACCUAUCCCACUUGUGACUCUUUUAAAUAUGGGGGUAGUAAUGGAUUUUCUUGGUACAGUUCAGUACCCAACUGGCAGUACAGCGCAGCACCUGACGCAGACGCCAGAUCCAUUUUAGGCGCCUACUGGGCUUCCCAAUGGGCCACCCAGCAAGGAAAACUGUCCGACAUUUCCAGCACGUUGUCCAAAGCCUCCAAGCUGGGAGACUACCUUAGGUACACUUUCUUCGAUAAACAUUUCAAGCAAAUUGGUAACUGCGUUGGCGGUACAGUAUGUCCAGCCGGUACAGGAAAAGACAGCGCCCACUACCUGAUAUCCUGGUAUAUAGGAUGGGGCGGUGCCAUAUCGUCUAAUGGAGGAUAUUCUUGGAGAAUGUGCAGUGGAGAGGCGCAUAGCGGAUACCAGAACCCCAUUACUGCCUAUGCCUUAGUAAAUGAUCCCAAUCUGAAACCCUCAAGUGCCUCUGCAGUAUCGGACUGGCAAGCAUCUCUCGAAAGGCAAUUAGAGUUCUACCAAUGGGUUCAGACCUCUGACGGUCCUUUAGGAGGAGGAGUUACUAACUCCUGGGAGGAAAGUUACGCAGACCCACCGGCGGCUGUCAAGGCAAAUACCUUUUAUGGCAUGUGGUAUAAGUCUCAGCCAGGUUAUGAGGGUGCCAGCGACUGGUUCGGUAUGCAAUCUUGGUCCAUGGAUCGUUUGGCACAAUAUUACUAUUUAACCGGGGAUUCUAGAGCACAAUCCGUUUUGGAAAAAUGGGUAAGCUGGAUAUUAACACAGAUUAAUGUGCAGACCAAUUACUUGACCACGCCGGUUUCUUUAAGCUGGACUGGAAAUACCCCUUGGGAUGCUAAAGCCAGUGUAUCUGGAUAUGGAAAUAUGAUUGGAAUUUCCAGUUCUAUAGCCAGAACCCUCACCUACUAUGCGGCUAAGUCCGGUAAUACUCAGGCCAAAUCAAUGGCCAAGCAAAUGCUUGAUAACAUGUGGCAGAACAACCGAGAUUCCAUUGGACUCUCUGUUACUACUAGUGUUGAUAGUUUGAGUCAGGUUACGACUAAGGUCUAUAUUCCUAUUUCCGGCUGGACUGGUGUUUACCCUAAUGGAGAGCAAAUAAAUGAAUCCUCCACCUUCUUGGACAUCAGAUCUUUUUACAAAAAUGACCCCAAUUGGUCACAAUUGCAGAACUACUUAAACGGAGGCUCCGCCCCAAAAAUAAAUUACCACAGGUUCUGGGAACAGGCCGAUAUGGCCUUGGCAUUGGGUGCCUACGGGUUACUUUUUAAUGAAUAAAAACCUAUUUUGUCUCUAA